CAAUAUACUUUCUUUUCAUUCUAUAGAUAGAGGUACGAGGCGCAAGUGCGACUCCUGGACGAUCUCCAGCCCUCCAAGUCAAGAAAUCGAGCCAAACAGGCAGCCGGCCAGCGCCUUAUCGGCGACCACCCGCUACCGACACAUCUGCAAUUUCACUCCCCUUCAUCGCUCUGGUAUAGACAGCAGGCAAAGGUGGAUGAAGCUCUGCUCUCUCCGCCUCUGCCCCUCGCUGCCACUAUUCCCGCUCGACUCGUUGGUGGCGGUCGGACAACGUCCGACUCAACAUCAACGACGGAAGAGUUCGAGUUAGCCGAGUUUGGUCGAGCCAGUCGGGAACCCUCAUCGGUCCUUGAAGCGGCCAAGGCACAGGGCACGACACUAAGUCGCUCGCCUGCUAGAAGCUACUCGGAAGCUACAGGAAAGAAGGCAAGAGACGGCAACAUGAAGUUCUCCCAUAGUCUUCAAUUCAACAGCGUGCCAGAUUGGGCGGACAAGUACAUUGCCUACUCGAACCUUAAAAAGUCUAUCUACAACUUGGAGAAAGAUGCCGUGGAUGGGCAAACUCCAGCCGGCGGCUUGGGCACCUACCGAGAUCUUCGAGAUGACAUUGAGAACGAAUCAGCAGCGUUGCUCAGCGGCGAGCAGCGUUCAGACACGGACCCCAUCUUUCUACCGUUGCUCGACAAGGAGCUGCGCAAAAUCGUUCAGUUUUACGAGAGCAAAGAGAAGCAGAUUUAUGCAGAUGUUGCAAGGAUCGAAGAGGACCUGGAGAGGGCCGAGAACGAGGAGAUGGUGCUAGAAAGUGAAUACGACUUAAGCGACGAUGAUGACGCCGACGACGACGUUGAUCCGUCCGCGGCCAUUGUGCAGGGAGGGAUGAUGCAGAAGGGCUCACGGUGGCGCCGCACUUCGCUGGAUGCAGUUGUCAAAGAUCCAGCACAGUACAACGAAGCUAGUAGAUGGCAGAGGCAGAUACACAACAGCGAUUCCGAGCCCCGCCAGAGCGUGACGCGUCGAGGUGGCGUCGAAGGAGGGGACGUUCUCGGUGAAGGGUUGUCAACCGGAACUCUCAGUAGACGACGCUCGAAUUCCGCCAGCAGCUGGCAACCUAACCCUCGCUGGAAUUUCUUCCGCCCUCGGCCCGCUCGCAAGCACUCGGUAGGUCUCUUCGGAGGAGGGGACCAACAGCAGAGCUCGUCCCGCUUGCGCUCAGAUUCGGAAACCACCUCCAGCGCACUCGGAGAAGCCAAGUCGAUUAACAUUUGGACGGCGGACAACGACUAUGCGAUCGACGUACGCAUCACGUUCAAGCGACGCAUCACCGAGAUCUUUGUUGCGCUUUCCGAGCUGCAACAGUUCGUUACGCUCAACCAGACCGGCAUGAAGAAGAUCUUGAAAAAGUAUGACAAAAUCACCAGCAGCUCGCUCAAAGACCGCUACUUGGAGGAUGUCGUCGGCCAGCAGUAUCCAUUUCGCAGAGCGACGCAGGCGCAGCAGACCAACAAGAUCAACCGCAUCGUCGCGUGCUACGCCAAAGUCGUCACGGGCGGCGAUGCAGCGCUAGCAUUGCAGCAGCUGAAGACGCACUUACGCGAACAGGUCGUCUGGCAACGCAACACUGUCUGGCGCGAGAUGAUCGGCAUCGAACGCAGGGCUCAAGGCGCCACGCUCGAACGUAGCGUCAUGGGUGCGGGCAAGAUGGGCCCUGGAGGCAAGCCUGAGAGGCCGACCAAGCUGUGCGGCGUCACGCUUCCCUCGUGGCUCGGUCUCCCGACCUUGCAGCUAGUUGGUGCUUUUGCCGCCCUUGUCCUGCUCCUCAAGGCGCCGAGUCUUCGCUUGUUCGGAAGGAUUGAGGAGCAGAAUUGCUUGGCUUUGCUCGUCUUUUGCACCAUCCUCUGGGCGACGGAGGUAAUUCCGCUUUUUGUCACGUCCUUUAUGGUUCCAUUGCUGGUCGUCACGCUCCAAGUUGCUAGGACGGACGACAUCGAGGAUCGACGCAUGACGGCCAGCGAGACCGCCAAGUGGAUCUUUCUGCAGAUGUUCGCGCCCAACAUGUGUCUCCUUCUCGGCGGCUUCACCCUUGCCGCUGCGCUCUCUAAGUACGGCAUCGAUAAGAUCCUCGCCAUCAAGGUCUUGCGCAUGGCUGGCACCCGACCUUCGAUGGUUCUUCUCGCUCACAUGGCUGUCGCGUGCUUUGCGAGCAUGUGGAUCUCCAACGUUGCGGCGCCUGUGCUCAUGUACUCGCUCAUUCAGCCGAUUCUGCGCACGCUACCGCCGAAGAGCACCUAUGCGUCUGCGUUGAUCAUGGGUAUCGCGCUCGCAUCUAACAUCGGCGGUCAGACGUCGCCAAUCGCAUCGCCGCAGAACUUGAUCGCGUUGCAGUACAUGGAUGAGUCGGUUGGCUGGCUGCAGUGGUUCGCGAUCACGAUCCCGGUCUCCGGAUGCUCACUCCUCGUGAUCUGGGUCGUCCUUCUGUGGGUGUAUGGUUCCGGCAGAGGCGUCAGCAUUCGGCGCAUCUCCGAGUCGAACGACUCGUUCUCCGGAUUGCAAUACUUUAUUUCGGGCGUCACUGUCGCUACUAUCCUAUUGUGGUGUUUCGAAAAGAAGCUGGAGCGGGUGCUCGGCGAUAUGGGCGUCGCUGCGAUCAUCCCCAUCAUUAUGUUUUUCGGCACCGGCAUUCUGAGUAAGGAGGACUUUAACAAUUUCUUACACACUGUUCUCUUCCUCGCCAUGGGUGGCAUCGCCCUUGGCAAGGCUGUCACCUCCAGCGGUUUGCUGGAGAGUCUUGAUGAAGUGAUUCAAGGGCUCGUCAAGAAUCUGCCUCUCUGGCAAGUGCUUGCAAGCUUACUGGUCGUUUCGUUGGUCAUUGCUACCUUUAUCUCUCACACCAUCGCCGCAGUGCUGCUAGUGCCGAUCGCAGCUCAAGUCGGCGACAGUCUAAGCACGCCGCACCCGCGUCUGCUGAUCAUGGCCACCACGCUCGCUGCCUCGGCCGCUAUGGGCUUGCCAGUCUCAGGCUUCCCGAACAUGACCGCUUCGUCGCAGGAAGACUCGGUCGGAGAACGGUAUUUGACCGUCAAGGAUUUCAUCAAGUCGGGCGUGCUGGCGUCCGUCCUAUGCACGGCUAUCAUUGGAACGAUCGGCGUGGUCAUCAUGCUCGCAUUGGGGCUUUAGGUUGUACAGAACCUCUGGUUGAUAUAGAUCAAUAACUCAUACAUCGCAUAGCAAGCAUUCCUUCAAGCGGAAUUGAAGGAGAAAUCUCAUUUGUUC